ACCAUGCCUGGGUGGAGCUGCCUGGUGACUGGAGCAGGAGGGUUUUUGGGACAGAGGAUCAUCCAGUUGUUGGUGCAAGAGGAAGAUCUGGAGGAGAUCAGGGUCCUGGACAAGGUCUUCAGACCAGAAACAAGGAAGGAGUUCUUCAAUCUAGGGACAAACAUCAAGGUGACAGUGUUGGAAGGAGACAUUCUUGACACCCAGUACCUGAGGAAAUCCUGCCAGGGCAUCUCUGUUGUCAUUCACACUGCUGCUGUCAUUGAUAUCACAGGUGUCAUUCCUAGGCCUCUAGAUGUCAAUCUGAAAGGUACCCAGAACUUAUUGGAGGCCUGUAUCCAAGCCAGUGUGCCAGCCUUCAUCUUCUCCAGCUCAGUUGAUGUUACAGGGCACAACUCCUACAAGGAGAUUGUCUUGAAUGGCCACGAGGAAGAGUAUCAUGAAAGUACAUGGUCUGAUCCAUACCCAUACAGCAAAAAGAUGGCUGAGAAGGCAGUGCUGGCAGCCAAUGGGAGCAUGCUAAAAAAUGGUGGCACUUUACAUACUUGUCCAUUGAGGCCCAUGUGCAUUUAUGGUGAGAGAAGUCCACUCAUUUCUAACAUAAUAAUUAUGGCCCUUAAACAUAAGGAUAUUCUGAGAAGCUUUGGCAAAUUCAACACAGCCAACCCAGUAUAUGUGGGCAAUAUAACCUGGGCACACAUUCUGGCUGCCAGGGGCCUUCGAGACCCCAAGAAGUCACCAAAUAUCCAAGGAGAGUUCUACUACAUCUCUGAUGACACCCCUCACCAAAGCUUUGAUGAUAUAAGUUACACCUUCAGCAAGGAGUGGGGCUUCUGCCUUGAUUCCAGCUGGAGCCUUCCUGUGCCCCUACUGUACUGGCUUGCCUUCCUGCUGGAAACUGUGAGCUUCCUGCUGAGUCCAAUCUACAGAUAUAUACCACCCUUUAACUGCCACUUGGUCACACUGUCAGGUAGCACAUUCACUUUCUCCUAUAAGAAAGCUCAGCGAGAUCUGGGCUAUGAGCCACUUGCCAGCUGGGAGGAAGCCAAGCAGAAAACCUCAGAGUGGAUCGGGACACUAGUGGAGCAGCACAAGGAGACACUGGACACAAAGUCUCAGUUAUGGGAAGAGGGUGGGACAUGGACCUGGGUGUAA